CCAUUUCGAGGAAGGCAUCGGAAUGAGUUGUUCUCAGAUAAUAAUGUUAGCGGUCAUGUUGGUGGGAGUGUACAGUAUAGACGAAGAGAUGGCCGAGCUGGCAAAAAUGUUGCACGACAAUUGUGGAGAAGAAUCAGGCGUGGAUCUGAGUCUCGUUGAUAAAGUGAACGCGGGGGCAGACUUAAUGCCGGAUCCGAAGUUGAAGUGUUACAUUAAAUGUAUAAUGGAAACGGCUGGUAUGAUGUCAGAGGGUGAGAUAGAUAUAGAAGCAGUGCUGGCGAUGCUGCCGGAAGAUUUAAAAACCAAGAAUGAAGGCAGCCUACGAGGUUGCGGCACACAGAAAGGUGCAGAUGAUUGUGAUACCGCAUUCCUUACGCAAGUCUGCUGGCAAAAAGCAAACAAAGCCGACUAUUUUCUUGUAUAA